AUGAGCGGGGUGUACUGGGGCGCCACUGCCUUGCACAUCCUGGGCCAGCCGGAGCGACUGGACAAGGCCCAGCUGAUAGCAUGGGUGAUGUCCUGCCAAAAACCCAGCGGAGGGUUCGCUGGCAGCGAGAAGCAUGACGCGCACCUGCUGUACACGCUCAGCGCCCUGCAGAUCCUUGCGCUGUACGACAGCCUGGACUUGGUGGAUGCGUCCCAGGUGGCUGCCUAUGUGGCCGGCUUGCAAAGAGGAGACGGCUCGUUUGCGGGGGAUGAGUGGGGUGAAAUCGAUACCAGAUUCUCCUACUGUGCGCUGUACAGCCUGGCACUCCUACGACGGCUUGACGCGGCAAACGUGCCCGCGGCCGUGGACUUCCUCAGGCAGUGCCGCAACUUUGACGGCGGGUUUGGGGCGCAGCCCGGGGGCGAGUCUCAUGCGGGGCAGGUGUUCACCUGCGUGGCCGCGCUCAGCAUCGCCGGGGCCCUGGACGAGGUCGUCGACGCCGACCUGCUGGGAUGGUGGAUCAGCGAGCGCCAGACACCGAGCGGCGGCCUGAACGGCCGGCCAGAGAAGCUGCAGGACGUCUGCUACUCCUGGUGGGCGCUCUCGGCGCUGAGUACGCUGGGACGGCUGGCUUGGAUCGACGCCCCCGCCCUCACUGCCUUCAUCCUGGGCUGCCAGGACCUGGAGCUGGGCGGUAUUUCCGAUCGUCCAGACGAUGCGGUGGACGUGUUCCACACUUUCUUUGGCCUGGCAGGGUUGUCCCUACUGGGCCAUCCGGGCCUGGCGCCCAUCGACCCGGUGUUUGCCCUGCCUGUGACCACGGUGACGCGCCUGAACCUGGCCGCCCAGCGGUUAAGCUGCGCCUGA